AUGGGUGAGGUUUGCUACAGCGAAGGAGGGCUAGGGCAUGGAGCGCUGCCUCCAGUCCUGCAGCGGAGGCGAGAGCAAGUCGUGCAGGCAUGCGAGCGAUGCCGGAGGUCGCGGCUCAAGUGCGACUCCGUAAGGCCAUGCAGUCGAUGCGUGAGGAGCCUUCAUAUGUGCGUGGACUGGCGGGUGAAGCGGCGAAGGAGCGGGAAGGAGGAUGAGGGAAGGCAAGAGGGAAUCGAAGACGAGGACAAGAAUACAAAUGGCUACAGCUGGGAGGAUCUGCUGGUGAACCCAGAGGUGGGGAAGCUACAGCCAUGGACGGGCCUGGCAGACGAGGCAGCGUCGGAGGAGAGCAUCGAAGGAGGAUGGUGGGAAGAGCUGGCAUUGGAGGAAGUUGCAGAGGGAUCGGGGGCAAAGCGGGAAGAGGGAAGCGCGACGUAUAGCUUUCAGCAGCCCUCUAUGGAGUCCAUGGAUUUUUUCAUCACUUCUCAACUGCAACAAGGCGUUUGA